AGUAAGCCUCAUCAUACUGGGAAUGAAGCUAAAGAGCUAAAUUUCAUCCUCAUGAGGCAUUUGAGAGCAUGAAAUCAAGAAUUCCAGCAUCCCAUAUUCUGGUAUGUCUCCUCUCUUGCAUCAGCCAGAAGAGUAUACACAACUGCACAGAUAACCUCAUGCACUGCUGCAUUUCUUGUUUCGUUGUCCGAUUGAAGUCAGGGGUGAUACACUAAUGUAAAAUCGCAAGCUGUGCCCAUGUAGCAGCUCGUAUUUGCAAUUUUUAACAGAUGGAACUGAUAAAACUACACAAGAAUUUAUUGUCUUUUUUUUUUUCACCCAAUGGAUGAUGCAAAAAAAUAACUCUCAAAUGUUCUCCAGAGAGUCUGUGAGAUGUUUUUCUCCCUAUUUUCAGUUUUGGAAAUUCUGAGCAAUCUUGUGCAGCCACUCCUCAUUUACUGCAGAAAAAGUCAGAAAAGUAUAUGUAGCUGGAGGUGAAAGAGGCUGAUAAACCUGCAACUGGCAACUCGUUUUGAGAUAAGGAUGAAUACACUGAGGACUUCCUGGUAACCUUCAGAAUUUACUUCAUUUCAGAUAAAUUUUAACUAUAGUGGUCCCAAAAAGGAAGAAUAAAGAUUUUCCACAGGCUGGAAAUCUGACAUUGAUUUUGUGCAAAGAGAGUUUCUGAUUUCUCUUGAACUUGGAGCACCACUCUGCAAGGGAUGGGUGGGUCAAGCAGAGAUCCUUCCAAGAAGAGCGAGGAAAAUAUAAAAUGUGCAAAAGUCUUGAAAGCAUGACCCAAGAGGAAAAGGAGACCUGAACAAUUUGUCCCUGUACCCACUGGGGAUGGGAAAUAAAUGUCUCAACCUGCAGUAGUGAAAUUUCAGAUGGAACUUUGGAAAGGGAGGAGAUGCUGAGGGACCCCAAGUCCUUCUCCCCCUGCUUCCUGCCAUUGGCUGGGGCCAAGGUGUGGGCGAGAGACAGGAUGCGAGCAGAUAGCACAGUAAACAGAGAAUUUCAAAAUGAGUUAAUUGCUUGUAUGAACCAUUCUACCAGCUUGAGUGUGAGCCAAUUUUAUGCAUAAAGGGUUUCUUCUUGUGUAGUUUGUAACUGGUUGUGAAAUGUACUGCCACAGGAUGUCUUCGAAGCCAUGAAAAUAAAGCAUUAACAGAGAGAUCUUUAAUAGAUAACAAAACCGUUUGGUCAUUAACAUCAUUGAUAACCACAAAAAAAAAAAAAAAUGAGGAGACACAUUAAAUCGUCGGUGCACAAGGGAGAUCCUUACCACCUCUGGUGGUCUGGUUUCAGCCUACCAUCAGCCAGUCAUUGCAUGUCUCAAACUUUCCAUUACACAUAGACAAGUACCUUGUGAUGGCCAGGAGAUAUCUUCCCUCCCAUCAGGUGUCAGGUGCUAAUUCAGCCCAACUUUACAAUGAACCCUUGGGCACGACUAUAACACAAGUAGUGAUGCUGCUGCUCAUCAGGGUCCAGCUGGAAUGGGAUCACAGAACGGUUUGGAUUGGAAGGGACCUUCAAAGAUCCCCCAGUGCCACCCCUGCCACGGACAGGGACAUCUUCACCAGCUCAGGUUGCUCAGAGCCCCAUCCAGCCUGGCCUGGGAUGUCUCCAGGGAUGGUUCAUCCACCACCUCUCUGCCCAACCUGGGACAGGCUCUCACCACCCUCAGGGGCAACAAUUUCUUCCUCAUGUCCAGCCUGAAUCUCCCUUCUUUAGUUUAAAACCAUCACCCCUUGUCCUGUCGCAGCAGCCCCUGUUUAAAAGUUUACCCAUAUCUAAUCAAAGAAGUCAUAUCCCACACCCACCUCCUGGCAGCAUAAAGCCCCUCUCCACUUACCCAGGCUACAUUACAGUUACAUAUUAAUCAUCUAAUAAUUACCACAGAGCAGACAGAAAUUUCCUGCCUCUUGUUCAGUCUAACUCAUGUAUCUGGAAGCCCUUUUUUCCUCCCUGUCCCUCCAAACAGCAAACAAAAAAAAGUAUGAAUUGACUGGUCUAAUUCCUUUAUGUUGACUCCCUGGUUACUGAGCAUCUAUUAGAUAUUAGUCAUGCAACAGACGUGUCAACCACUGGCAGUAACCACAGCUGUCAAAUAACUGUGAUAUUGAUUUAGCUGUGUUCGGAAAACUUAGGCAUGCAGGAGGGCACGAUAAUUUCUACUGCAGCUGCUGGGGAGGAAAAGCAGAAAUAUCCAAUAGAGGAAAAAGGUUAUUCUAUCUUUUCUGCUAUGUCUCCUGUACAAAGAUCAAGGGGUGGGAGGCAAUGGGUGAUUUAACCAGUUUGGAAGGGACCUCUGUAUCUCUCAGCCACCCAUCCACUCAGAGCAGGAUUACAUUAAAUUAAAAUUAAACCCCAGUGUUUAAUCAAGGUUCUCAGAGCUUUGCCAUGUCAAGCUCAGAGUUUCCCUCAGAUAACCAUUGCCUACAGGUUCAGUCUAAUCAUUGAUAUCCUAGAAAAUACCUCCACAAGGCACAGCAGGUCAUGCAAUGCUUGUUUGUAAGAAGAGUGUUCCUUUACUUUAUAGGCAUGUAUAAGAAUAUGUACUCAAGAGGAAGAAAAUGCAUUCUCUCGAACAAGAAAACAAAGAAAAUAUGUAUCUUCCUGCAUGUGAAUAGAAAAGCUCCUUAUUUUUCAAAAGCAGCAUAAACUUAACUGAUAGUGAUUGAAAAAAAUGGUUUAAGUAUUUUGAGAUAUUUGCCAUUUCUCUUUUAAUUUACAGCAAGCUCAGUCAGGACACCAGAGCUCUGGCACUAAUUCACACUGUGACUUGGAGAGGUGAAAGUGUCGUCAAGACCAACAUGCUCAGAUUUAGGUGCCUGAAGGCUCUCAGCUGGGUAAAGUACUUAAGUAGCAACUUAAUCUCAAAAAAGAUUUCACCAGAGCUAAGAGAAGGGCUAGGCUUAAUUUCAAAGGCUUUAAAUAAUCUUCAGUCUUUUUGUUCCAGUAAGAUUUUGUUAGUGUCCCAGUUUUCAGAUCCCUAGUUAAGAGAGAAUGAAGUGUCAGAACAAAAGAAAUGCCAUGAGGUAAAAUCUAAUUUCACGGAAAAAAAUCAUGUUCUAUUUUUUAUUUCACUUCAGAUUGGGAAGAAUCGGAAAAUAAUCAUUUGGAUCUGGAAAAAUCUUGGAACAAGAAAUGUGAUCGUUUUAUUUGUAUAAUUCAGACCCUGUGGAAGCAUCUCAAGAGGUGUAUUUUCUCCUGACAUCCUCUCCUCUUGCCUAUGACAAUUGCAAGUGAAGGCGUUCAUCACUCAGAAUAAACCGUGGAAAGUCUUUUGGGGUUUUUUUCACCAUUGCAAUGUCACAUUACAUUAGCCAUGUUUGAAUGGUUAACUAGUCACCUUUCAAGUACUGAGGUAACCCAAACCACAGACACAUUUAGGGUAGACAAGCCUGGAUUUAGGGUCAGGCUGCUUGAACCUGACCUUCUGUUGCCUUGCAUGUUUUUGAAAUCUUUUUGCUUCUAAAAUUGGAAAUUUAACUAACCCACUUUGAAUGGAUAUUUCUGUAAACGGCAUAAGAGAAAACCCCUUCUGAGGGAACAAUUUCCUUUAACCUGUACGUCUCUAACUCUAAGAGGGAAACUGAGUUACACCUUUAACUUUUCAAGCAUCAGCGUCUUUUAAACAAGCUGCUAUAGGUCAUGGCUAUCCCAGAAACUGCAAACUAAAUUCUACCCUUAUUUACAUCCUCCUUUGCACGGCACAAGGUGAGUAAACCUUGGACUUACACAUAAAUAUUAAGCAAAUGUAAAAAACAUUCCUUAUUUGCAUCAUUUUCACCAAAAUUAGACCUGAGAAAAGAACAUGCAUCAGCAGAUCAACACUAACUGUUACUUCAUUAUGCCUGUCCAAGCUACUUGUAACUCACUGUCAAAGCAAAGUGAUGAGAGUCAUUUAGAAAUGAAAAAGAAAGAAAAUUUAGAGAAGGAUAGAUUCAAGGUUCAACCCCUUCUUUCUAAAAUGUAAGCUCCUUUUUCAAUAAUCUGUCUGGAAUUCAGUCUAUGAGCAGCAUCAACAUUCUUGUGUCUGUCCAUCACCCACCUACUCCCCAGGAUUCUCAUCAGAGAAGAAGGUUUAUUAUAUCUUGCAGUUCAUUACGAUCAACAUCAUUAGCUGGGAAGCUGCAGCCUGAGAGAUUUGAGCCUACCCUUCUUCCUAUGUACCAGGUUUUGUAGCACUAUGGGUGAAGAGUCUUUCCUUGGGAGAUGUUUUGUUGUCCUAGUUAGCUAUGCCAUGAACUAUUUGCCAGGGACAAGAAGACACUGUAGGUUAGUGACUGGGAUAUUUGCCUGGGAGAGGCAUCAGUUUUCUAGUUCCUGGUCCAUUAUCUGCUUUAUCCAAAAUUUCCACGUCCCUACUUUGCUGCUGAUUGGCCGAACUCUAGAGCUCUGACCUAUCGAUGGAUAUGGAAUGACAGCACAUAAGCCACCAGUCCCAGAACACCCCAUACAUUCCAGUGACCAAAACACUAGAGGGCCGUUAAGUUCCUAAAAGCAGGUGAGAGGAACAAAUACAGACAUCCCUCCUUGCAGGCAAGGUCUUUUUCAGGGUCAAGCCCAUACAGCUUUUAAUAUAUAUUUGUGUUUCAUCCAGACAUCUGUCUAAGAAACAAAAAAUAAGGCAGUAGCUGUCAACCAGAGCAAAAAGGAUGAUUCAAAGUCAAAAGGAGGCACAGCCCUGAAGCAGCCCAGCCUCUCCAGAUCUGCAACCCCCUCACAAUAUCCUACUGAAAAUCUAGAAAAAUAUCCCCGGAUUGGAGAAAGGGGUCCUGACUGUCACCAUGUCAAAUGAAGCCCAUCCACUCAAACACAGGGGUUUAAAUAUGGCACAUUUAAAUACUAAUAUGGCACGUUACAGCUGCAGUAUGUUGGUCUUACAAGGAUGGAGAGACAGCAAGGUGGGAUUGGUAGCUGCACAGAAUCAUUGUUCACUGUCACCCAGGACACAGGGCUGGGACACAUGGAGUCAUGAUGCCUUGGGGCUACACAAUGCACAGUAUUUUAGCUCCCUGUAUUUUCAAGUGUGCUCUAUUAACACCUAUAUAUCACAGACAAGGUGCCUGCAGUUCCUUCCAGUUUUCCUGCCUACAAGAGGAGUCGCCUUGCAUCUCUCAGCUUUCACAAGGUUUCUCUUGAUCCCUCUGUCCACUCCCUACAUCACACAUACAAGCUUUAACUAUACCUAUCACACUUCCCAGACUCCUUUCCUUAGGAUCACAAGCCCUGUCUCAUAGCACAAAAGCCUGAAGUGAACUGUAAAAAUGGCAAGCUCAAUAUCAAUAAUCACUUUUUAUUUUUUUCCCCUAGAUGGAGAAUGAUUGAAUUUGGGAACUCUCUAUCAAGAAGCAUUGUGGCCAAAACUGGCAUGUCACACUUGAGGUGUAGCUGUGGAUAAAACCAGCCUGAUCCAGACUAGGAUGUUUGAGAAAGAAAUAGGAGUUUGAGAAGGAAUCUGGGUCCCCAGGCACCAAAGCAAGUGGCAACACAUGGCAAGUGUGGAGAGCAAUUGGAUGGGGACCAGCUGUCUAAUAUGUGUCCAAAUCAGUAUGGAAAGACAUUAGAUUGACCUAGGAGCAAAUGGAUCCAAUGUGGCAGUGCCAGGGACAUAAGUGUUUUUGAUACCUACAGAAUCCCAAGCCAAGAGCAUGCAAAGCAUCAACUUGUGUUUGUCUAGAUGACGACUCUAGUCCCAAUUUAAAAUUACUUACUUUAUACUUGCUUACUGCCGUGUGCACCAAUUUUCUUGGUGGUUUUCUUAUAUCACCAUUGAGUUUUGUUACUACUUGUGUGAUAUGGCUGAAGUAAUGACAUCAUCUACAGAUCUAAGAAAGGGUGAGCCCAUAUCCUGUCUUCCACCUAUGUCAAUGGAAUAUAUACACUUACACUUCUUUAAUUUAAGUUAUGGUCAGAAACCACAGCUACGGCUGGGAAAAAAAAAACACCUACUCCACAUAAAGUAGGACAGCACAGAAGCCCUUAUAAAAAGUCCACCAGCAAAUGUGCCCAGACACCUUCAGUUCGACAGAGACCAGCACAGCAUCAGCCGUGGUAAAAGAAGUAAGAUGUCUCCGAUCCUUUGUGCUUCUCUGGUAAGAACUUGCUUUCUGUUUUUUUAUCUGCAAUUUGAUAGAGCCAUAUUUAAAUUCUAAUAGAUGAAUGCAGGAAUGGUGAUCUACCCCCACCUUUAAAAUGCUUGUUUAAACCAUUAAUAACUGAAAAUAAUUAAAACGGGAGACUGCUGAAUAGUACCAGCGUGGGGCAGCAAUGAGACUGUUGGGUGUAUUAGUGAAUGGGGCUUCUACCAUGUUCUCUGAAAUCAAGAAAUACAUUGAAAACUCAACCUUGCAGUGUCUUUUUGUUGCUAUAUCCUUUCUACCAUCUCCUGUAUUAUAUUAUUUUGUAUAAUUGUGGGGUUUUUAUCAUUAAAUUACAACUGAAUGUAUACCAUACAUGUCAGCACUGUAGUAACUAGUUAAUGAAAGCAAGCAUGGAGGUUAUACAUAUUUCCAUAAUUACUCCAGCCUGCAGCAUAGACUUUAACCACCAGCUGGACUCCCUGUGGGUGAGUUUUGCAGCCCCGCAGAGGAGUCAUUAGAUGUGCCGCGCUACCGCGACUGUACCUGGGUUGUGUCCUAAAUGUGCCCUAAAUUGUCUUCAGUUCAGAUCGCUGCUCUUAGCACUGCUGGCCGUGCUGUCAGCCAGUGAUUCUGCCCACGGGAAGGUGAUACACCCCAGAGCCAAGCCAGAGAGCCUCUUCAAGCAAGCGUAUGCUGGAUGCCUGAGCCAAAAACACUCAAAAUUCCCUCAAACUGUGAGAGUCAACAUAAGCAUCAGCACCAUGAACCAGGACACUAAAAUGACUCCUAAUGUCAACAGCCGCUCCCUGGCUCCAUGGGAUUACAGGAUCGAUGAGGACCAUGACCGCUUCCCCCGGGUGAUUGCCAACGCCGAGUGCCGCCACUCCUGGUGUCUGAAUUUGGACGGGCAGCUGGACCACAGCCUCAACUCCGUCCCCAUCCACCAGGAGAUCCUCGUCCUGCGGAGGGAGCAGAAGGGCUGCCACCAGUCAUACCGGCUGGAGAAGAAAACAAUCACUGUGGGCUGCACGUGUGUCACCCCCUUGAUCCGACACCAGGCUUGAAGGGAACCGGUAGCGUAAGAGCAGGGAGCCAUGAAGAAAAACUUCCUUGCCUAACAGCAACGAAAUGAAGGGGCCUGAUUCAGUAUCUACAAAACUAAAUGAAGCCAUAAUGAUUAACUAGAAUCUAUCAGAAUAUAUCAAAAAUGAAGAAGUCUCAGUUAAAAAAAAAAUAAUAUUAUAUAUAUGUAUAUGUAUAUAUUUUUCCCCAAAAAAAAUCUUGAACUCUGUGAAUUCUGAAUCCAGACACCUUCAUGUGCCAGGCUGAAAAAGUAAUGGAGACUCUUUACACACCUUUAGUUUACACUUUGAAAUGUUUAUUUAUGUAAUUCUAUUUAUA